AUGGGCAACCAAACCUCCAAGGAUUCCGGCGCGGCAUCUGCUAAGGCGUCGGGCAAUGGCGACGACGCGCUGCAAUCGUACCCCUCCUUCAGCAGGUCCGACACGAGAGACUCGUCCCGGUCGUUCCGCUCGCUGCGAUCCAAGAUUCCCGGCUCAGGCAAGACCGACAGCCCCAGGAGCUCUGCCAUACUAACGAAUGGCGAUACGCCCGAUAAAUCAGAUGUGGGUUCCGUCAAGUCCGGGAAGAGCGGUAGGUCGCCGCACGGCCGAUCCAACCGUUCCAGCUCGCUCCCCUCGCCGGGUUCGCCUUCCUCUAUCGACACCGCCACAGUGGGCUCUCCGCUUGCCGAAGAGGUCCCCCCGCCGUCUCCUAUCCAGUCGGCGUCCAUGAAGGCUGGAAUUCACGAUGUCUCCGCCGCUCAGGCCAGCGGAGAGCCAGGCCAGAGUAUCCUCGUCAAGCGCGAGGAUGCGCCCAACCCCAUCUUGAACAUCGCUGGACAGGAAUCUCCCAAGGACGAAACUGCUGCGGGUGUUGCCAUGAGUGACAUUAAGGAUAUCGACCUCGAUGAUUUCAUCAAGCGCCUGCUUGAUGCCGCUUAUGCCGGCAAGGUCACCAAGAGCGUCUGCCUCAAGAACGCCGAGAUCGCCGCCAUCUGCCACCGCACCAGAGAGGUCCUCCUCUCGCAACCGGCUCUUUUGGAACUGGACGCCCCAGUCAAGAUUGUUGGGGACGUCCACGGCCAGUACACAGACCUCAUCCGCAUGUUUGAGAUGUGCGGCUUUCCUCCCAAGGCAAACUACCUGUUCCUUGGCGAUUACGUGGAUCGCGGCAAGCAGUCUCUCGAGACCAUCCUGCUCCUGUUCUGCUAUAAGCUCAAGUACCCCGAGAACUUUUUUCUCUUGCGUGGCAACCACGAGUGCGCUAACGUCACGCGCGUCUACGGUUUCUACGAUGAAUGCAAGCGGAGGUGCAACGUCAAGGUCUGGAAGACCUUCAUCGACACCUUUAACUGUCUCCCCAUCGCUGCUAUCGUCGCCGCCAAGAUCUUCUGCGUUCACGGGGGAUUGUCGCCAGCUCUCGGUCACAUGGAUGACAUCCGCAACAUUGCGCGCCCGACAGAUGUCCCCGAUUACGGGCUUUUAAACGACCUACUUUGGUCCGAUCCCGCCGACAUGGAGCAGGACUGGGAGGCCAACGAACGGGGCGUCAGCUACUGCUUUGGAAAGAAGGUUAUCACCGAUUUCCUCGCUGCCAACGAUUUCGACCUCGUGUGCCGAGCCCACAUGGUGGUUGAGGACGGCUACGAAUUCUUUACUGAUCGGGUCCUGGUCACCGUAUUCAGCGCGCCGAAUUACUGCGGAGAAUUUGAUAACUGGGGUGCUGUCAUGUCGGUCUCUACCGAGCUCCUGUGCAGCUUCGAGCUACUUAAGCCACUGGAUUCGAACGCUCUCAAGAAUCAUAUCAAAAAGGGCAGGAACAAACGCGCCCAAAUGCUCAACAGCCCGCCUGCCGGGUUGUAUCCCCAAAGCGUCUGA